GGUCGCUGGCUGUGGGGUCACGUGCCGGCCGCGAGCCGCCGCCUCCUGGGCGGGCGCUUCCUGUGGCUGUCUCGGCCGCCGCCCGGGGGCCGCGGGAAGUCUGGCGGUUCCGGGCUGUGGGAGGCCCUGUUUUGGUUCGGAUCCGCCGCGAGGUAUCUAGCCUGCCAAGAUGCCAGGGUCAAGACCUCGGAAGGGCCCUAAGACCAGAGGCCAGGGUGCUGCAACUGCUAAGCAGCUGGGGCUUUUCAUGGAGUUCAACACUGAAGACAUGCUCCUGGGGGUGGAUGAGACUGAAGAUGACGGAGACCUAGAGGCUGAGCUGUUGGCUCUCACUGGGGAGACAGGGAGCACAAGCAGGAAGCCAGCACCCAAGGGGCAUGCCCCCCUACCCAUGGCCCACAUUGAGAAGUUGGCAGCAGACUGUAUGCGAGAUGUGGAGGAGGAGGAGGGAGAGGAAGAGGAAGGGCUGGAGGAGGAUGCAGACCUGCUGACAGAGCUGCAGGAAGUCCUGGGUGUGGAUGAAGAAACUGGGCUGCUAGAUGGCAGUGAGGCAACAAGCCCAGACUUGUCUGAGGAGAGGGCACAGGACAACACUGAGCAACCUGCAGUGCCUCAGGCUGGAGGGCCUCGGGGGCUGCAGGCUUUGCUGGAGGAACGGAUCCAUAACUACCGGGAGGCCGCAGCCAGUGCCAAGGAGGCCGGUGAAGCUGCCAAAGCCCGGCGCUGUGAUCGGGGCCUGAAGACUUUGGAGUCCCAGCUUGCCACUGUGAGGAAAGGCGGGAAGAUCAGUGAGGAUGAGAUUCCACCUCCAGUGGCCUUGGGUAAAAGGCCCCCACCCCACCAGGAAAUAGCCAACAGGAGCCCUGAGGCAGACUCCCCAGCUCCGUGUGCCAUGGAGCCAGAGCACCUUUUCCAACCUGAGCCCAGCCUCCCAGGCAGCUCUGCCAUUGCUCCUCUGCCUGUUGCAGACCCAGCCCCACAGGCCCUGUUGUUAGCCCGACAGAGAGAAUACAAAGUAGCUGCUCUCAAUGCCAAACGGGCUGGAGAUCUAGAUCGUGCCCGGGAGCUCAUGAGGAUUGGGAAGAGGUUUGGUACUGUCCUGGAGGCCCUGGAGAAAGGGCAGCCUGUGGAUCUGAGUGGCAUGCCCCCAGCACCUGAUGAUCUGAAGGCCCUCCCACAGGCUUCUGAGGCCCCUACAGCAACCCGAGUCCUGUCCCCAGCAGUGGAGCAAGUACAGAAAGUGAUGGCCUCUGACCUCCCAGCCCCAGUGGCCCCUGCAGAGCCAAAAACAGUGCUGGAUGCUUUACAGCAAAGGCUGAACAGGUACCGUGAGGCAGGCAUCCAGGCCCGGGCCAGUGGGAAUGAGCGCAAGGCCAGGAUGCAUGAUCGCAUUGCCAAGCAAUAUCAGGAUGCUGUUCGAGCUCAUCAAGCAGGGCAGAAAGUUGACUUUGCUGAGUUACCUGUUCCUCCAGGAUUUCCUCCCAUCCCUGGCCUGGAGCCCAAUAAAGGUGCCGAGGAGGAUUCAAUGACAGCAACUUUGGCGUCUGCCCGAAAACUGGGCUCACAAGAUACAGUCCUGGCAGAUGAAGACGAGGAGUGUGAUACCCCAGCACAGGCUCCAGUGGCCAAGAAGCCAGCACAUCCUCUGGCCCCUUCAUCUCAUCCUGUGACUGAGCCCAAGGCCUCAAGUUCUAAGGAAUCACUGAGUCCAUCUGCUCGGGAGCAGCUGGCACUGCUGGAGGCUCGGAAACUGCAAUACCAGCGAGCAGCCCUGCAGGCCAAGCGCAGACAAGAUCUAGAGCAGGCCAAAUCCCAUCUACGGGUAGCUAAAAAUCUGGAGAUCCAGAUUGCCCAAGCCCGAGCAGGUCAACCCAUUGACCUCUCCAAGAUGCCUUCACCCUUGACGGAUGAAGAGGGUGACUUCAUCCUCAUUCAUCAUGAAGAUCUGCGACUCUCCCAGAAGGCUGAGGAGGUGUAUGUCCAGCUACAGAAAAUACUCCUGGAGCAGCAUGAGAAGUGCCUGCUGUUCUCCAAGCAGUUCAUGCACCAGGGCAAUGUGGCUGAGACUACCCGGUUUGAGAAGCUUGCUCAGGACCGAAAGAAACAACUUGAGAUCCUGCAGCUAGCCCAGGCCCAGGGCCUUGACCCUCCCAGCCAUCACUUUGAGUUGAAGACAUUCCAGACUGUGAGGAUCUUCUCAGAACUUAACAGCACAGAAAUGCAUCUGAUCAUCGUCCGGGGAAUGAACCUCCCGGCCCCACCAGGAGUGACUCCCGAUGACUUGGAUGCGUUUGUACGCUUUGAGUUUCAUUACCCUAACUCGGACCAGGCUCAAAAAAGCAAAACAGCUGUGGUCAAGAAUACAAACUCUCCAGAAUUUGAACAAGUUUUUAAACUAAACAUCAAUCGAAAUCACCGGGGCUUUAAGAGAGUGAUCCAAAGCAAAGGAAUCAAAUUUGAGAUCUUCCACAAAGGAUCCUUUUUUAGAAGUGACAAGCUGGUUGGCACAGCACACCUGAAAUUGGAAAGGCUGGAGAAUGAGUGUGAGAUCAGAGAGAUCAUGGAGGUUCUGGACGGAAGAAAGCCCACUGGGGGGAAGCUGGAGGUUAAGGUGAGGCUGCGGGAGCCUUUGAGUGGCCAGGAUGUGCAGGUGGUCACCGAGAACUGGUUGGUCCUGGAGCCUAGGGGCCUGUGAGGUAGUCGGCACUGGUACCAGCUCACCGACCCAGCUCUGCCGGCUGCAAGAGCCUCUGUAGUGCGAGCUGCUGCUACACAAGCACCAAAGACCACCAAACUAACUAUGACCCGGGCUGUCCUCGCGCCACCUCUCCUGGGCCUCCGUGGAGCGUCUGUACAGCCUCCCACCACCAGAAUGUGGGUGAAGACAAGGAUACCCCCAUUGCUCUGUGCCAGAGUCCUACUGCCCCUUAACCUCUGCAUAGCGAUGAUGUACAUUUAACCCAGCCCCAGUUGCACCAUUUCUGGAUGUGCCUUUCAAAGACGUGACUGUAAGGGAUGGAGAACGUGAGGGUGAUCGGAACCUUCCCUGCUUAGGGGAGGGGCAGGAUUCCGGGACUGCAGCUGUUUCCCCUCAGCCUGUGCCUUUGACCCUAACAUCUGCUGCACUAGCCUUUCUGCUUCCCAGGGGACUGGGGAACAGGAAAGUUACUUUGGUACUAUUGGUGGGAAGGGGAGGCUUUCUUCGCUUUGGUCCAUGUACCUAAGAUGUUAACUGGGAAGAAAAGAAAAAAAAAUUAUCAGUUUUAUGUGGCCGUUUUUAUUUUAAAACUAGGUCUAAUUCACUGUAAGGACUUUAUAUUCUAAACAGUAUUAAUUUACUAUCAAAGUCUUCAAAUGCCCUGUUCCCUGUCACUUUAAAAGCCAAAGCAGUUCUGCUGUACCUGUGUAUUCCGCUUUUGAGAAGGCCUGUCCUUGAGCUGAUCUCUUGGCUAAUCCCUGUUUGUCCAAGUUCUAUAGCUUUUGUGGUGAACAGAUGAAAUGAAGGGUCAGGUAGUUGCAACGGAGUUAAUAUUUAAAUACAUUAUUUUAGAUUUCUCAGAAGUCAGCACUCCAACUCUUUCCCCUGGUUUAAAGCAUUAACCUCAACAAAGUGUUCCUCCAUAUUUAUUAUUUAUUAUUUUGGUUGAAUGAGGCAGGGUUUCACACUAUAGUCCAGGCUGGUCUUGAACUCCUGCCUCAGCUUCCCUAGUGCUGGGAUUACAGGCAUGUGCUACCAUGCCCAGCUUCCUCAGGAUAAUUUGUGAAGGCUCUACAAGAAGGAAGUAGGAAGUACAUUCAGCUGCUGGUCACUACAGUAUUGCAUAAGCACAGACCAGGGGUGAGCCUUUGUGUGUCUGUUAGAGAUAACAGGGCUGGACCAUGCUUCCCAGCUCUUGAAGAGCGUAUCAAAAUUGUUAGUGGAUAACAGGGCAGAAACUGCUGACAAGUGACUUCUCCCAGAGCUCUCUGGCCAAUCCUACCUAGCAGAUGUGAGUUCCCAAUCUUGCAUACAUAAGAGAUUUAACAAUUACAGUCACAUCGUGUGUCCAGCGGCAAAUUAGAAUGAAAGGGUCUCUGCCUUCAUGAAGGAACCCAGAGCAGAGAGGGGUGGUCUGAAGAGUUCUUGGUCCCAUCGCACUUUCCUUUCAGCCUGCAUCUGACUCAACUCAAUGCUUGCUAAAAUGAAGAGCCCCUGGGGUUAUUCUCCACGAUCCCUAUCUGCCCUAAGCAUUUCACAUUUCUUCCCUCUACUGGGAGUGUUGUGUUCUGAGACUUCAGGGAUUGCCCUUACAUCUUGUUCACUUUCAGUCCACUUUAUCGCUCUGCUCAUCGAAAAACCACCUCAAGGCUGGGGGAGGCCUGACAAAGCCACCCACUGGACUUGGAGACUUAAAAGGUCUUUGUUGUAGCCAAGGAAUGCUUGGGUAGGGGGGGAGGGGCCUGCAUAAAGCCUCAUUUAUGUAAGAUUUACUCAGCCACAGUAACCAAACAUUAUCCAUGGAUAUAACUGAGAACCAGCCACACCAAAAUCAUUUCUAAAUAUUGCACUGAAUGUUUUUUGAAUUCCUGAACGGAAUAAAAUACGGAAUUUUAGAGUCAGGAAGUUUUUGCUCACG